UGUCAAUUAACCCUUUGGUAAUAACAAGAGGUUUGUCUGAAACAUGUUUGCUCUGAAAGUAGCACUAGUGGUGGUGUCGAUGAUAUCGGUGGCCAUAGGGGCGGGCAUACGUGCGGCGCCCUAUUAUAUGCCACUCGAUAACAACGGCCAGGACUUUGAUAUGGCAAAAGUGAUUGAGGCCUCGGGAGUCAAGCAAUUCAUUUUGGCCUUUGCUUUGGCCAGCGAUGACGGCCAGUGUAUACCCACGUGGGACGGGAAGAUCAAUCAAAAGAUCGCUGACGACCAAGUUGUUUUAAAGAAAGUGCAGGCAAUCCGUGCCGCUGGGGGUGAUAUCUCGGUAUCAUUUGGCGGUUAUAAUGGUAUCGAUUUGGCUCAUGUGUGCAAAGACGUCAACUCAUUAGCCAACGCGCAUCAGAUAGUGAUAGACAAGUACUCGUUGACGAACGUGGACUUCGAUGUAGAACAUGAUAACUUGGGCGAUGUGCAGGGUGGAACUUUGAGAUUCAAUGCCAUUAAAGUGUUACAACAAAGUGCAAAGUCAAAGGACAAACAGCAAACUCUGCCCUCAACUACGGUUGGGUUGAGUGGUUUGGGUAGGGAUGAAAUUAAGCUGGGCGUGGAUCUUGGUGCUAAAAUGGAUCUGGCUGUUGUUCAAGUGAGGAACAGGUGCCGUCCACCCAACCCACCGGUUUUGUGCACUUUCUGUCCCUGUUUAAUGCCCAAUAGGAAACUCGACCAA